ACUUACAUAGACCGACUUUUAUUUCUAGUCUUUUCUGUCUUCCCUUACAACCAACUUCACCAUCCUUAUCUCUUCCCUCUCCAGAGAGUCGCCGGAAAUAAUCGACGAUAAAUUUCCAAAGGCUACCGGCGAUUACGUCGAUAGACUCUUUGUCGUCGGCCAUUCUUCUUUGAACUUCACAAGCAGUGAAUGAGGCUGUAGAUCCGAACUUCUCGUUUUUCUCUCUGCUAGAAAGAUGUUGAAUCGAUUUUGGAUUGCCUUGCUUUUCGUGGUCUCAUGGCACGUCGGUGUUCUAGAUGCCAGUGCAGGUGAUGUCGAUGCACGUUACAGGGCUUGUGUAAAAGAGUGUCAAGAAACUGGAUGUGUAGGGGAAAGAUGCUUUCCACACUGCAAAUUCUCUUCAAAGGGUGUUCCAUUUGACGGUCCAUGGUACAUGCAAGAGCCUCUUUAUUUAAAGUGGAAACAAUGGGAUUGCCAAGGUGAUUGCCGUUACCAUUGCAUGAUAGAUAGAGAGAAAGAAAGAGAGGCCCUUGGUACUGGUCCUGUUAAAUAUCACGGAAAAUGGCCCUUCAAGCGUGUAUAUGGGAUUCAGGAACCUGUUUCUGUUGUUUUCUCUGCCCUCAACCUUGCAAUGCAUUUUCAUGGUUGGCUCUCCUUUUUCAUCCUUUUGUACUAUAAGUUGCCUUUGAAGCAAGAUAGGAAGGCAUACUAUGAGUUUGCCGGUUUGUGGCAUAUCUAUGGACUAUUGUCACUGAAUUCCUGGUUCUGGAGUGCCAUUUUCCAUAGUCGAGAUGUGGAUCUGACGGAGAAGCUGGACUACUCAUCGGCAGUGGCGUUGCUUGGGUACUCAUUUAUUCUUUCCAUACUAAGAAGUUUCAACGUGAAGGCAGAGGCUUCUAGAGUUAUGGUUGCUGCCCCGUUUCUUUCUUUUAUAGCCACCCACAUAAUGUUUCUGAAUUUCUAUAAAUUGGACUAUGGGUGGAACAUGAAAGUUUGCGUUGUCUUGGCCGUGGCCCAACUUCUCAUUUGGGCAAUUUUUGCUGGUGUAACUCGCCAUCCAUCCCGCUGGAAGUUGUGGCUGGUGGUAGUUGGCGGCGGCCUCGCAAUGCUCCUAGAAAUCUAUGAUUUUCCUCCAUAUCAAGGAUUUGUUGAUGCCCAUGCUCUCUGGCAUGCAACCACAAUCCCUCUAACUUACAUUUGGUGGAGUUUUAUCAGAGACGACGCGGAAUUCCAGACCUCUAACCUGCUAAAGAAGGCAAAAUAGAAUGUUUCAAGAAUGCCUGACCUUGUAAUUCUUCAUUCUUGUGUCUGGGAUAUUAAUUUAAGCUCUAUUAUUUAUUUCUUUAGUGUAGUUUGUAUCAUUUCAGUUAUUUUAACCCCCAAAUAGCGAGUUUGAAUGGAUACUAAUUCCCUUUUUUGCUGAAACCAAUUGACAGUGUUAGUCACGGACUUGUGGUUUUACAAAUAA